CAGAGGAAAGAAACUGAAUUUUCAUUCUAGAAAACAUCACUUUCACUACCUUGUUUGCCUGAGUUGUUUUCAUCACCACCCCAACAAUGCCUCAUCUAUGACUACAAGGCAUUCGCCUCAUUUCAUGGCUCUGCAUUUAUUACAUCAACCAUGGUCAUCAUCAACUUCUUUGUGUCUCUCAUCUUAAUCAGAUUCAUCUACAAGGCAAUAUGGAUCCCACUUCGCGUGCAGCGAAUGAUGAGUACGCAGGGAAUCACCGGCCCUCGUUACAGACUCAUUCACGGAACUACUAAAGAGAGCAUGGUCUUGAGACAGGAAGCACUCAAGGGCCCCAUGGAGCUGUCACAUGAUAUAUUCCCCAAAAUCCAGCCUCACUUCUAUCAAUGGAUGAAGCUUUAUGGAAAGAAUUUCCUAACCUGGACUGGCCCUCAACCUCAUGUGGUGAUAACUGAGCCUGAAAUAGCUAAAGAGAUACUCACAAACCAGAAUGGAGUUUUCAUUAAAAUUAAAAGUAGAGGUAAUGUGAAGAAGCUGCUUGGAGAUGGGCUUGUUAUGGCUGAAGGGGCAAAGUGGUUGAAGCUCAGGAAACUGGCAAACCAUGCAUUCUAUGCAGAAAGCUUGAAGGAGAUGAUUCCAUCCAUGAUUGCAAGUGUUGAAACAAUGCUGCAAAACUGGAAGCACUACCGAGGAACAGACAUGGAUGUGUCUGAGCACCUCAAAGUCAUGAGCUCGGAUGUGAUCUCAAGAACUGCCUUUGGCAGCAGUUAUGUGGAAGGAAAGAACAUCUUCGAGAUGCUCUCCAAGCUCGGCUUCCUUAUCUUCAAGAACGCGGACAAGAUCCGGCCUUUUGAGAUUUUUUGGAAGACGCGAGAUGAAGUAGAGUCAGACGAGAUUGAGCGGUCCCUGUGUGACACUGCCAUGUCAAUAGUGAGGAAGAGAGAGGAGACAGGGGAUUAUGGGACUGAUUUUCUUGGAGCAUUGCUAAGAGCUCACCAUGAUUCAGACAGGCAGAAUAGGAUCUCACUCGACGAUGUCAUAGAUGAAUGCAAGGUGUUCUUCCUAGCCGGGCAUGAAACUACGAGCAGCUUGCUGUCAUGGACAAUUCUUCUCUUAGCAAUCCACACAGAUUGGCAAGAAAAGGCAAGACAAGAAGUGUUAGAGCUUUAUGGACAGAAAAAUCCUACUGCAGAAGGCCUUCCUAGAUUGAAGACAGCUAACAUGAUUAUCAAUGAGACGUUGAGGCUCUACUGCCCAGUAGCGAGCCUAGUGAGGCAGGGGACGAGGCGGGUGAGGGUGGGGAGAUACGAAUUCCCGGCCAAGAUGGAAUUCCACAUCCCACCUCUGGCACUGCAUAGGAAUCAAGAGAUAUGGGGGAUAGAUGCACAUUUGUUCAAACCGGAGAGAUUUGCAGAGGGCGUCGCUGCAGCUACCAAGAACAACCCCAUGGCCUUCCUCCCCUUUGGCUACGGGCCAAGAACGUGCGUUGGCUUGAAUUUCGCUAGCAAUGAGACCAAGAUUGCACUAUCAAUGAUCCUUCAACGGUAUAGCUUCACUCUGUCAAAGAAUUACUCUCAUUUUCCUAUCAGUAUCAUCACCACACGACCACAAUGUGGUGUGCACAUCAUUCUCCAACCAUUACAGCAGUAA